CAAUCUCCGUUCAGCUGUCAAAAGUCAGUUUUUGUCGUCUGCUAGUGAGAACGGUUCGCGAGACGUAGUGUAGUUCUAAGGGGAGUGGAUUGAAGCCAUUUAGAUAUAUCGUUUGAUCUAACGGCGGAAUUCCGAGCGUCGGAAAAUUGUGAACAAUGAUUCUACAGAUUUUUACGUACAAAUCUUGUACCAGUGAUUAGUGUAUCAAAUCUAGGAAAAUAAAGGUGUUUUCUAGUGUCGUAGUGAUAUAGAUCCAUUGGUUAACUAGUUUUUACGUAAGAUGUGAAGAAGCAGCCUCGGAAAAUGUAGGUGAAUUUUGCUGCCCUGAGCUGUGCCAGUUCCUGUAAGGCUGCCUUCCGUCGACGGUGUGCCAUAGAAUCCGAAGGAUCAACCUUCGCGUCCAACUCAACAGUGAACCCCCGGACACGUGCUCGAAUUUCAAAUGUUAUCCAAGGGAAUCCGGAAUCAAUACUUUGCAACAAUAUGUGCAAACCUCGCCACACUCAUAUACGGUUUGUCCAUCGGCUGGCUGUCACCAAACUUGGAAUUGCUGCUGUCCAGUGCCACUCCGCUCAGUUCCGGUACGAUCACCCCCUCAGAAGCCGGCUGGAUCGGUUCGAUCGGAACGGUAGGAUGCGUCCUUGCCGUACUCAUCUGCGGAUGGGUAGCGGAAAUCGCCGGCCGGAAGGCCGCACUCAUGCUCAUCGGUAUAGCGCAGUUGGCUAGCUGGAUCGUGGUGAUCUUUGCCUCCAACCUUAACAUGAUAUAUACGUUUAGAAUUUUGGGCGGUUUCGCCGGAGGAGGUACACUCUCAGUCAUACCUCUGUUUGUGUCGGAAAUCUCGGAGGAUAAAAUCCGUGGAAGUUUGGGAGCCGUUUUAUCCAUCACUUGCAAUAUAGGCAUACUGUUAGGUUUUAUCCUAUGUUACUAUUUAGAAUACUAUACAGUCUCGUACAUUGCGUUAGCGUGCUGCAUUUUAUACUCUGUUGGGUGUAUGUUCCUACCCGAAUCUCCGCAAUAUCUGUUCACCAAGGAAAAGAAAGAUAGAGCGAUAAGGUCCCUACGCUUCUACCGAGGAGAAGCCGACAAUGAAUCGUCGAAAUUUAUUUCGGAAGUUGCCAGAUUCAAGGAAAUGCACAGCAACGCCCCGAAGGACUCUACCAGAAAAGUGCAAUUACAUAUUAAAGAUUUAUUAAAUAAACCAACCUUGAAAGGCAUUUUAAUUUGUGUCAUAGUGAUGAUGUUCCUGCCGAUGUCCGGGUCGGUCACGCUCAUCACCUUUACCGAUAGCAUUUUCCGCGAGUCGGGUUCGGAUCUUCCGCCGGCCACCUGCGCCAUGAUCGUCGCGGCCAUCCAGCUGGUCGGUUCCUACGUGUCCUCGGUGACGGUGGACAAUGCCGGCCGGAAGGUGCUUCUCAUUACCUCAGCGCUGGGCUGUGCAAUUUGCUCCGCCACGAUGGGAACCUAUACAUUCCUGAACGUGAACGGGGUCGACCUGAGUUAUUUCAAAUGGAUCCCGGUGACCAGCUUGUCCGGUUUGGUGUUCAUCACCGCCAUCGGAAUCGGUAUAGUUCCAUUCAUCAUCAUGCCGGAGAUCUUGGCCCCCCGAGUGCGCGGCUUUGUCAUCACGUGGUGUUUGCUCGAGUUCCAUGCGGUCGCAUUUUUAGUGGUGAAAUUUUUCCCAACCGUGGUGGACAAAAUCGGUCUCUACCCGGUUAUGUGGUUCUUCUCGUGCUGUUGCGUGGCGUCAGCACUAUUUGUGAUAUUCUACGUGCCAGAAACAAAAGGUAAAAGCUUCGAAGAAAUCACCGAAUCGCUCGAUUCUGAGAAGAAAACCGUACCAAAGCGAACCUCCCUGGAUGUUUAAAUGUGCUAUAAUUAUCGAGUCAAACAUACAAAAUGUUUAUGAAGAGAGAAAAGUUACAACAAAAUGCUGUAAAGUAUACAAUAAAAAAAAUGGCAACUACGCGCAUGACAAGUUCAAAUGCUAGAUUUAAAUUGUUUUAAGCUUUAAUUUUUAUAUGUAUAAAAUUUAUUACGUUAAUAAAUGUAAGUCAUUUUUAUAUUA